UUCGUCGCAGCAAUUUUGGUCCUGUCGAUUUUAUUCGACGAGGAAGUCGAAGCUGACGGUCACGCGCACUCUUUCCAACAUUUCCACGGGCCUGUGAUAGGUGAUGCUCAAGAGGUGACUUGGAAAGACAAGCACGGUCACCACCAUCACGAUUACGUGGCACAUCCUCACUACGAGUUCUCGUACGGCGUCGAGGACCAUCACACCGGCGACUAUCAUGGCCAAAAAGAACAUAGAGACGGCAAAGAAGUGGUCGGCGAGUACACAAUAAAAGAGCCCGGCGGUAAUGUUCGUACGGUGAAAUAUCGCGCUGGAAAGGAUGGAUUUUUCGCUCACGUUAUCAACAGCAACGGCAACGACCACGACGGAGGGCACCGGCAUUAA